UGAAUAAAUAGUAAAUCCAGAAAUUAGUUUAACAUUCAAUAGAUUUUGUUUGAAUUAAAGAGCAUUUGUAUUGAUUGAUUAAAUUAACUGAUCACAAUGCAAAAAAGGGUCUUUCAAAAAUAUUUAAUACUUUGCUUAACAUUUUUAUGUCUAAGUGAUCUGAGUGCUUUAAAGAGUAAAAAUAAAAAUAAAUCGAAAUGUGUACUACCACGAAAUCUUGCCAGAGAAAUUGAUUCUUACAAACCGAUUUUAAAAGAUAUUAAAAAUAUGACGACUAAUGGAUUUUUCCAUGGUCUUACAUUCAAUGAAUUAGCCACUUUCGUAAAUAAAUUUAGCUCAAGGAUAUCUGGUUCGAAAACUUUAGAACGUUCUAUUGAUUAUAUGUUGGAAAAAUCAAAAAAUAUGAGUUUUGACAAUGUUCAUGGAGAAGAAGUAAUGGUUCCACGCUGGAUUAGGGGUAAAGAAUCUGUCAAAUUAUUGAAACCUUUGGUUAAGAAUAUUCCAAUGCUUGGAUUAGGUUAUAGUGUAGGAACACCUCAGAAAGGAAUAACGGCUAAGGCAGUUGUUGUGAGAAGCUUUUCAGAUUUGAUAUUACGGGCUAAUGAAAUUCCAGGGCGGAUAGUUGUGUUUAAUCAAGAAUAUGUUAAUUAUAAUGAAACGGUAAAAUAUAGAUCUCAAGGUGCUAUAGAAGCAGCAAAAUUUGGUGCAGUUGCAGUUCUUAUUCGUUCAAUAACACCAUCUCUAGAAUAUAUUCCACAUACAGGAAUGAUGGACUAUAAUGUAAAUGUGACAAAAAUCCCAGCAGCUUGCAUUACAGUUUCAGAUGCUCAAUAUUUAAACAAAUUAGCCGACGAAGAUAAAGAAAUAAUUAUAAACCUUAAAAUGAAUGCCAAAACGUAUCCAAAUGUUAAAUCUCGUAAUGUAAUUGCUGAAAUAACGGGUUUGAUAAAACCUGAAAAUGUUGUUGUCAUUUCCGGUCAUAUUGACAAUUGGGAUGUCGGACAAGGUGCAAUGGAUGACGGCGGGGGUGCUUUUAUUUCUUGGAGUGCCUUAGCAUUACUAAAGUAUCUUGGUUUGAAACCAAAAAGAACAAUUCGAACAAUUUUAUGGACUGCUGAAGAAUUUGGACUUAUUGGUUCUUCGCAUUAUAUAAAUAUACAUAAACUUAAAGAACCAAAUUUACAGUUUGUAAUGGAGUCUGAUGCAGGAACAUUUACUCCACUUGGUCUACAGGUUUCAGGCACAAAUUUAGUAAAAUGUAUAAUUGAAAGAAUAUUUAGUUUGUUAAAACCUGAAGUCAAUUUCGAGAUUAAUGAUAAAGCCGAGGGACCUGAUAUUGAUAGUUGGAUAAAUUCAGGAGUGCCAGGUGCAUCAUUAUGGAAUGCAAAUGAAAAAUAUUUUUGGUAUCAUCAUACAAAAGCAGAUACAAUUGAUUUAGAAAAUCCUGAAGAUUUAGAUAAAGGAACAGCCCUUUUUGCAUCAGUAGCUUAUGUUUUAGCAGAUAUUAAUAUUGAUUUACCACGUAAUAAAUUAGUUAUUAAAGAACGAAUAUAAACACACA